AGAGAGCACAGAGGGAGGGAGGGUGGGGGAGGACGAGGGGCGCGUGGUUUUCCCAUCUCAUCCCUGGAGGAGGGACUGAAGCAUCCCGCGCAGCCAAUCAGGGACAGGCUGGGGGGGGCGCUUUGAAGAAGUUUAGGGAAAAAAGUUUGGAAAAGUUUUUAUAAUAACGAGGGGGCGUCCGGAGGGAGGCGGCAGCGGCGGAGGAGGGGGCAUCUCAAGAAGGGGAGGGAGGGAGCCCCGGGUGAACAGCCUCAGCCUCCUGAGCUCCCCCCUCCCACCCAGACCGGGACCUGGGGGCUCUGGCCGGAUCCAUGGGGGCAGCAAGCUGCGAGGAUGAGGAGCUGGAAUUUAAGCUGGUGUUCGGGGAGGAAAAGGAGGCCCCCCCGCUGGGCGCGGGGGGAUCGGGGGAAGAACUGGACUCAGAGGACGCCCCGCCAUGCUGUCGUCUGGCCCUGGGGGAGCCCCCUCCCUAUGGCGCUGCCCCUAUUGGCAUUCCCCGGCCUCCACCCCCUCGGCCUGGCAUGCACUCACCACCACCCCGCCCGGCCCCCUCACCUGGCACUUGGGAGAGCCAGCCAGCCCGGUCAGUGAGGCUGGGGGGACCGGGAGGGUGUUCUGGGGGGGCUGGGGGAGGCCGUGUUCUUGAGUGCCCCAGCAUCCGCAUCACCUCCAUCUCUCCCACGCCCGACCCGCCGGCCACGCUGGAGGACAACGCGGAUGCCUGGGGGGACGGCUCCCCCAGGGAUUACCCCCCUCCAGAAGGCUUUGGAGGCUACCGAGAGGCAGGGGGCCAGGGCGGGGGCCCCUUCUUCAGCCCAAGCCCUGGCAGCAGCAGCCUGUCCUCGUGGAGCUUCUUCUCAGAUGCCUCUGACGAGGCAGCCCUGUAUGCGGCCUGCGAUGAGGUGGAGUCUGAGCUAAAUGAGGCGGCCUCCCGCUUUGGCCUGGGCUCCCCGCUGCCCUCGCCCCGGGCCUCUCCUAGGCCAUGGACCCCGGAUGAUCCCUGGAGCCUGUAUGGUCCAAGCCCCGGAGGCCGGGGGCCGGAGGAUAGCUGGCUACUCCUCAGCGCUCCUGGGCCCACCCCAGCCUCCCCACGGCCUGCCUCUCCAUGCGGCAAACGGCGCUAUUCCAGCUCAGGAACCCCAUCUUCGGCCUCCCCGGCUCUGUCGCGCCGCGGCAGUCUGGGGGAGGAGGGGCCAGAGCCACCUGCACCACCUCCAUUGCCUCUGGCCCGGGACCCUGGCUCCCCUGGCCCCUUUGACUAUGUGGGGGCCCCACCUGCGGAGAGCAUCCCCCAGAAGACCCGGAGGACUUCCAGCGAGCAGGCAGUGGCCCUGCCUCGCCCUGAGGAGCCUGCCCCGUGCAAUGGGAAGCUGCCUUCUGGAACAGAGGAGGCUGCGGCUCCUCCAGGGGGUCCUCGGAAGGAGGUGGCUGGCAUGGACUACCUGGCAGUGCCGUCCCCACUGGCUUGGUCAAAGGCCCGGAUUGGGGGACACAGCCCCAUCUUCAGGACCUCCGCCCUACCCCCCCUGGACUGGCCUCUGCCCAGCCAGUAUGAGCAGCUGGAGCUGAGGAUUGAGGUGCAGCCUAGAGCCCACCACCGGGCCCACUAUGAGACAGAGGGGAGCAGAGGAGCUGUCAAAGCUGCCCCUGGUGGUCACCCAGUAGUCAAGCUCCUAGGCUACAGUGAGAAGCCACUGACCCUACAGAUGUUCAUUGGAACUGCAGAUGAGAGGAACCUGCGGCCUCACGCCUUCUAUCAGGUGCACCGUAUCACGGGCAAGAUGGUGGCCACAGCCAGCUAUGAAGCUGUAGUCAGUGGUACCAAGGUGUUGGAGAUGACCCUGCUUCCUGAGAACAACAUGGCAGCCAACAUCGACUGUGCUGGAAUCCUGAAGCUUCGGAAUUCCGACAUUGAGCUGCGGAAGGGUGAGACGGACAUCGGGCGCAAGAACACACGUGUGCGGCUGGUGUUCCGGGUACACGUGCCCCAGGGCAGCGGGAAGGUCGUCUCGGUGCAGACAGCAUCGGUGCCCAUCGAGUGCUCCCAGCGCUCAGCCCAGGAGCUGCCCCAGGUGGAGGCCUACAGCCCCAGUGCCUGCUCCGUGAGAGGAGGAGAGGAACUAGUGCUAACGGGCUCCAACUUCCUGCCAGACUCCAAGGUGGUGUUCAUCGAGAGGGGCCCUGAUGGAAAGCUGCAAUGGGAGGAGGAGGCCACAGUGAACCGGCUGCAGAGCAAUGAGGUGACACUGACCCUGACCGUCCCGGAGUACAGCAACAAGCGGGUGUCCCGGCCGGUCCAGGUCUACUUUUAUGUCUCCAAUGGGCGGAGGAAGCGCAGCCCUACCCAAAGUUUCAAGUUCCUGCCUGUGAUCUUCAAGGAGGAGCCCCUACAAGACUCAUCUCUCCGGGGCUUCCCUUCAGCAUCAGGCCCCCCCUUUGGCACUGACAUGGACUUCUCACCACCCAGGCCCCCCUACCCCUCCUAUCCCCAUGAAGACCCUGCUUAUGAAACUCCUUACCUGUCAGAAGGCUUCAGCUAUGGCACACCCCCUCUAUAUCCCCAGACGGGCCCCCCACCAUCCUACAGACCUGGCCUGCGGAUGUUCCCUGAGACUGGGGGUACCACAGGUUGUGCCCGCCCACCUCCAGUCUCCUUCCUUCCCCGGCCCUUCCCUAGUGACCCCUAUGGAGGACGGGGCUCCCCUUUUCCCCUGGGGCUGCCAUUCUCUACUCCAUCACCCUUUCGGCCUCCACUGCCUUCAUCCCCACCAAAUGAAGCCCCCUUCCCUCCCCAGAGUGGUGUUCAUCCCUCACCUGCUGAGGGAUACAGUGAGGUAGGGCCAAGCUAUGGCCCUGGGGAGGGGGCUCCGGAGCAGGAGAAAUCCAGGGGUGGCUACGGCAGCGGCUUCCGAGACAGUGUCCCUAUCCAGGGUAUCACGCUGGAGGAAGUGAGUGAGAUCAUUGGCCGAGACCUGAGUGGCUUCCCUGCACCUCCUGGAGAAGAGCCUCCUGCCUGAACCAUCGCCUGGCAACCCCUGCCCCCCAGCCCUGCCCACUUGCCCUUCCUCCUGGGGUGGUGGUUCCAGAAGCUUGGAGCCAAUCUGGUUCCUCUUUCCCCGGCUUUUGCCUCCUCUCCCCUGCUCUCCCUCCCUUCCCCUAGCUGAGGUGUGGCCCCUGGGCCUGGUGCUGCCGUGAGGGCUGGGGGAGGGAGAUCGUGGAGGACUGGGAUGGGGUGGAGACAGGCGGGGUGCCGGGUCUGACUGGACUGAAGGCUGUGUCUAGAUUGUGUACAGGCAAUGGUGGCGGGAGACUGGGGACAGGUUGAUGGGUAAUAAACUGCUCACUGACUAGUG